AUGGGAAAAGAAGACGACGAAGCAUUACAGCGGAAGCGCGAACUCUAUCGAACAUUGGACUCGCUCGCCCACAGCGACGAUGAUGAACCCGAUCCUGGCCGCAAGUCCUCCAUGGAAGCCAUGGCAAGGGCCGUCCGCCCAAAGCCUACGACCCAGAAAAGUGCGCAAGGCCUACAGCGCUCCACAUCGGACAGCACGAACGGCAACCGCGCUGCUGGCAGGCCAGGAGAGCGAAGCCUGUCCGGCAUACCACCAACUGCAUCCCAGGCGCAUGCGAAGCUGACUAGUCGCCAUACCUUCUCCGGUGUUUCUGGUGAUGCACCGGCUGUCAAUGCCUCCAAAGCUGCAGUUCCGUCGAUGGCUGGCACGAAGCGGAAGAGGAAGGAAGACGCUUCUAAAGUCCCAGAGAAUCAGCAGAUCUUCAAAGGAUUGAGUUUCUUCUUCUUUCCCAACAAUGACAAACACCCUGCUCGCAAGAUCCGUAUAGCGAAAGCUGCCGAGUUUGGCGCAGUUUGGGCGAAGGAUUUUGAUGAGAGUGUCUCUCGCAUCAUUGUCGACAAAGGCAUGGAGUACAAAUUCCUUUUAAAGUUCUUGAAGCGCGAAACCAUUCCUUCACACAUUGCCGUGGUAUCGGAGGACUAUACUGCAGAGUGCAUAGCUUACAAGAUAUUGCUGGAUCCACAGCAGCCUCGCUUCAGGAUCAAAGGACAUCCCACGGCAGUAGAAGCCCGGCCAGUAUCGGCAAGCUCAGAGAAGUCCUUGGAGCUGAAGAGUGCUGGGAAGUCUGUUACGGCUCGUGAACCAGAGACGCCAUCUGCCUCUGGCCAUUCGGACGCAGUUCCAGUAUCCCCUUCGGCCAACGAGCAAGGCACACGAGGUGACCUCCAAGCAGAACCUCCAGCUGUCGCGGCUCAGACGAGUAAACCCACCACCAGCAACAUCGUCAGCACAGACGAGCUCGAUGCAGCCAUUUCGCAAGCCCGAGAGUUACAACAUGUCCCACUCGACCAGGAUGAAGAAGCCUCCAGCCGACCUGCAAGCUCUGGAGGUCCGGACACCGACGAUGAGGACGCUGUGACCCCGACAAAACCGAAGAGCAAAUAUCGCGGCAUACAAGACAAGUUCCAAUGCAUGCAGAAGCACACUAGUGGGAAGGCCGAAAAUCCCAACGCCACCACGAUAGCAAUCCUACAACAAAUGGCAGACUACUAUGGAAAAAUUGGUGACGAGUGGCGGACAAGAGCUUACCGCAAAGCAAUGGGGACGUUGCGGAACCAUCCAGCCAAAGUGUGGACACGAGCAGAGGCGUUGGCCCUCCCACAGAUCGGUGAGCGACUUGCGACCAAGAUUGAGGAGAUUGCAUACACCAACCGUCUCCGGCGCCUGGAGAAUGCCAAAGCCGAGCCAAGCGAUCAGACACUGCAGGCGUUCACGCAGAUCUACGGCGUAGGGUAUGCUCAGGCAAGCAAGUGGGUGGAUGCAGGAUACAAGACCGUCGACGAAGUGCUUGCUAAGGCUGAGUUGACGACUAACCAAUGGAUUGGCAUCGAGCACUAUGAGGACUUUAACACGCGCAUACCAAGGGCAGAAGUCGAGCGUCAUGGUGCCGUGGUGAAGAAGACUCUCCACAAGAUUGAUCCAGCGUUCGAGGUCAUUGUCGGCGGCUCAUACCGGCGUGGAUCAGCUACUUCCGGAGACAUCGACUGCAUCAUCACCCGGCCCAACACAGGAGCUGGCCGCAUCCGCGAAGUCAUCCUAGGUCAACUAAUCCCGAAGCUUCUCGCACAGAAUUUCCUCGUGGCAGAGUUGGCAAUCACAUCCAGAGACGACGGGAGCAAAUGGCACGGUGCCUCGCAACUCCCUCCCUCAACCCCAGAUGCCACACCGCUUCCCUGGCGUCGCAUAGACUUCCUGCUCGUGCCUUCUGAUGAGCUCGGAGCAGCUCUCAUCUACUUCACCGGGAACGACAUCUUCAAUCGAAGCAUGAGACUGCUAGCCGGAACGAAGGGUAUGCGACUCAACCAGCGAGGGCUCUACAAGGACGUCAUAAGAGGCAAGGGCCGGGAGAAGCUGAGCGAGGGGACCUUGGUGGAGGGGAAGGAUGAGAGGAGGAUUUUUGAGGUGCUUGGGGUGCCGUGGAGGCCGCCUGAGCAUCGGAUUUGCUGA